AUGGACGAGGGCUGGACGGCCGAAUGCGGUGAAAGCUUCAUGAUUGAGACGCGUCUUCGAGGAAUGAGCUCGAACAGGGCUGUUGCCAGCAAGAUUCCGGCCGCCAACCCUCCACCAUCAAAAGCUUCGUACGGCCACUACCCCGCCCCCCCCCCCCCCCCCCCCCCAAAGUGCGCCGCCAGAGCUACUCGCCCAGUUAGCCAUGCUGGCAAUCCGAAUAGCAGCACGUCAGGCGUGCCAGCGAUGCCACUGAUCGAUGGCCCAGGGCCAGGCUACGUGGGCUGGCAGGAUGCCAGAAGCUACAACGUCCAUGACCAUCGCCAUGCAGACAGAUGCAUAGCUGCUGCUUCUGGAUGCCCAGCCACAUCAACUGUUUCUCACGGGACCUCGGCCACAUGA